GAUCAGCCCUACUAUGUAGGCAAGUGCAAGGCAAGGUGUGACUGCCAUUUGAUGUAGCACCUACAUCUCUGUCUCAGCUCAAGGCAUUUCCAUGUGACGCUUGUCGCUGUUACAACGUUUAUAAAUACCUUACUCUUUGGUGAUCCUUCAAUGAAACACGCACCUUGCCUCUGCGUCAUAGCACUCUUCAACUCCUCCUCUUGAUAUAGCUCAACAACAUCAUCUUGAUUCAUCAUUGUUACCUCAACAGCAACAAUGGCGCUCCCUCAAGUUCAAAUAGCCCCCCCUCAAGUUCCAAUGGCGCUGGCGCCGCAUCAGGUCGGCAUCUUCCCAGCUUACAUCACCACCCAGACAGAAACUCUUAUCCUCAGAGAAAAGGUCAUGUCUCUCAGUGGCGAUGACUUUGAGAUUCGCCAUGCCAAUGGUCAACCUAUCCUUAAGGUAGAGGGCCAGGUGAUGAGCAUCUCUGGACGCAAGAAGGUCUACGACAUGAGAGGCAACCAUCUCUUUUCCAUCGUCAGGGAGCACUUCCAUAUCCAUACCACGUAUGCUGUGGAAGACACUCAAGGAACGAAAAUCAUGGAAGUGAAGAGCAGCUUCCGGCUCUUCGGUUCCAAAGCCACAGCUACCUUCAAUUCGAUCGAUGGUUCAGCAGAGGUUCUUCAGAUGGAUGGUAGUUGGCACGACUAUAACGCUAACAUCGUUGACACGACCACAGGCAAUGUGGUCGCCCGUAUCGACCGCAGACUUAGCGGCCGCGAUUUGCUAUUUGGCCAACAAACAUAUGCUCUCGUCGUUUCGCCCCGUGUCGAUAUGGCUCUCAUGGCAGCAUUGUGCAUAUGCCUGGACGAGAAGAACAACGAGAAGUGAUCCCCCGCUCCCUCCUCAUGACGGAAAGGGCUGUAUAGAAGGGCUUGACGAAGGAAAUUUGUGAUACCCAGAGGACUGCACGAUGGAUCGAAUGAGACCUGCGUCGAGAGUCAGCAUUGCUAGGCUUAACUUUUAUAUCCUGGGAUUGAGAAAUGAGAUUGAACGAUUGUUUUGAUGGCCAUA